AUGCUGCAGGCCUGCACAACAGUGGCCCACACGGUAGUGGCAUCCUGGUCGGCGCCGGCGUUCAUCUCCACCUCCGCUAUCACUGGCCCAACACUGAUCGCGGGCGAGCGUGCGCUCGCGCUGGGGCUCGAUGUGGACGUAGGAGAGGUGUGCGCCGUAGGUGAGGAGCCCUGCGCCGAAGGCGAAGAGUGCGACGGUGGAUAG